AUGUCACAACACACUCUGCCCUCGGAAGAGGACCUGAGAGAAUACUACGUCGGCAAAGAUCUCAACGAUGUCCCUAAACCAUCUGCCGUGCUCGAUGCAGCGAUCAUCAAACGCCACUGCGAGCAAAUGCUCCGCACCAUGAAGGUGCUGAACGUGGGAUUCCGCGCACACGUCAAGACACACAAAACCCACCACGUUGCAGCACUACAAGUCGGAGAUGACGAGAACAGCCCGGCCAACUUCAUCGCCUCGACAGUCUUUGAAAUCGAAUCGCUCCAGCUGCUGUUCGCGGAGCUUGGCCAACAUGGCCGCGCAGUAAAUGUGCUCUAUGGCAUCCCGUUGCCACCUUCGCAGGUGGAAAGACUAGCCGCCGUCGCAUCGCUGCUGGGCAAGAACAGCGUCACGGUGAUGAUCGAUCAUCCAGACCAGCUGGCCGCUCUUGAGAAAUUCGCUGCCCUGGCUGGCUUUCCUGCGUGUGUGUUUCUCAAGAUUGAUACCGGGUAUCACCGUGCCGGGCUGCCGCCGGCCUCUCUGAAUAAAAACGGGUUGCUCGAAAAACUCGCCGCCGCAGAACAGGCGGGGCAUGCUAAAGUCCUGGGAUUGUAUUCCCACAGUAGUCUCAGCUACGCGGGGACGACAGCCGACGAAGCUAUGAACCACCUGGUUUCUGAGAUUACGGGGUGUGUCGAGGCACUGAAGCAGAAUCGGCAUCUCCUCCCGCAAGACAAAGACAGGGAGCUAGUUAUCAGCGUCGGCGCAUCGCCGCAGGUUGUCUCAUCGCAGAAUCUGGUAGCGGACGAACCACUCAGCGCAGAGGCCCAGAAGUUGAAAGAGUUGCUGCGCAAUCCGGACUCGGAUCCAAACUCGAACGUCAAGAUCGAGCUGCACGCAGGCGUCUACCCAAUCCUGGAUAUGCAACAGCUCUCCACGAACGCGAGAGGACGCGCAACCAACCCAGAACACGAAGUCGCCAUCUCAGUCCUCGCAGAAGUAUGCAGCGUUUAUAACGACGGCGAACGCUCCAAACCAGAAGCUCUUCUCGCAGCAGGGACGCUAGCUCUCGGCCGCGAACCAUGUCCCAGCUAUCGAGGCUGGGGAACUCUUUCGUCCUGGCGACAAGAAGCAAACCCAGGUUCCUCAGAUCGGUUGAUCGUCGAUCGGAUUAGCCAGGAACACGCCAUCGUAUCCUGGGAGCAUAGCGCGGACGAGAAGAUUCCGUUGCACGUUGGACAGACGGUCAAGAUCUUCCCGAAUCAUGCUUGUAUUACCAGCGCGUACUAUGAAUGGUAUCUUGUUGUAGAUUCGGAGGCGGAUGCUGGCGCAGCGAAGAUUGUGGAUGUCUGGGUGAGGGCUAGGGGAUUAGGAGGAAUGCCGGAUAUGUUGCUGAAUCCACGACGUUAA